UGUUCCUGCUGUCCCGUCCCUCCUCUGAGUCACUGUGGGGGAGGGGAUCACAUCACCUCCUCGCCACUAGUCUGCUGCUGGUGACACGGACAGGAGGGGAGGAACCGGAGAAAUUAAAAGGAAAGACUGGAGAACGUUACCUAGUGUUUUUAGGCAUUGUAUGUGCCUGCCUGUCUCAUCACCUCCUCGCCACUAGUCUGCUGCUAGUAACAUGGGCAGGAUUUAAGGAACGAAAGAAAUUAAAAAGAAGACUGCAGUGGAAUUACUGAGUGUUUAUAUGUAAAUAGGCGAGUGUGUGCAUGACUAUCAUGUGUGCUGCCACCAGUAGACCUGUCAUCAUGGAGGGAGCGUGGAGAUUUAUCAAAAGGCAGGAGCAAGAUGCUUCCGUUGCCGCUUCCUUCGCCUCCUCCUCCUCCUCCAGUUUCGCCCCCGCCCCCUAUCCCGAUGUCGGCAGUGUGGCGGACGAGGACGCAGCCAUGCCCCUCCCCGUCUCUGAUCUGGCCACCAGCAGACAUGAGGACCUGAAGCAGAUGUUGGACAGUAACAAGGAUGGCUUGAAGCUGGAGGCCAUGAAGAGGAUCAUUGGGAUGGUGGCGAAGGGCAGGGAUGCCUCAGAGCUCUUCCCAGCCGUGGUCAAGAAUGUGGUGAGUGCCAACCUGGAGGUGAAGAAAUUGGUGUAUGUAUACUUGGUGCGCUAUGCCGAGGAGCAACAGGACCUGGCACUGCUCUCCAUCUCCACCUUUCAGCGUGCCCUUAAGGACCCUAACCAGCUGAUCCGAGCCUGUGCCCUGCGAGUGUUGUCCAGCAUCCGUGUGCCAGUCAUUGUACCCAUCAUGAUGCUCUCUAUCAAGGAUGCUGUCUCUGAUAUGUCCCCUUAUGUCCGCAAGACUGCUGCACAUGCCAUUCCCAAGCUGUACAAUCUUGAUCCAGAACAGAAGGAAGAGCUGAUACAAGUAAUAGAGAAGCUCCUGUCAGAUGAGACUACCUUGGUUGUUGGAUCGGCAGUGAUGGCAUUUGAAGAGGUGUGCCCAGAGAGGAUUGACCUCAUCCACAAGAACUACCGCAAGCUGUGCAACCUGCUGGUGGACGUAGAGGAGUGGGGGCAGGUCAUCAUCAUCAAUAUGCUCACCCGCUACGCUCGCACUCAGUUUGUCGACCCCAAUGCUGGUAUUGAGGUUGAGGACAAGGAGCAGCCAUUCUAUGAGGAUGAGGAUGAGGAGGAGGAUGGGGAGGCAGAGGCUGAGAAACUACAGCAGCGACCCAAGAUGAUGGACCAUGACCACCGGCUCCUCCUGAGAAAUGCCAAGCCGCUCCUGCAAAGCCGAAAUGCUGCGGUGGUGCUGGCAGUGGCACAGCUCUACCAGCACAUAGCGCCACGGCCAGAGGUGUCCCUGGUGGCGCGGGCACUGGUGAGGCUCCUACGUUCCCACAGAGAGGUACAGGCGGUGGUGCUGACCAACAUUGCUUCCAUGUCUACCCGUAGGAAGGCCAAAGCAAAUAGGGAGGAAAAAGAUAUGUUUGAGCCUUAUUUGAAAAGCUUUUUUGUAAGAUCAAGUGACCCCACUCACAUCAAGUCACUGAAGCUGGAGGUGCUGACUAACCUUGCCACAGACACCAACAUUGCCGUCAUUCUGCGGGAGUUUCAGACCUACAUCGGAUCAUCUGACAAGGAAUUCGUGGCAGCCACUAUUCAGGCCAUUGGCAGGUGUGCAUCCAACAUCCGGGAAGUGACUGACACCUGUCUCAGUGGCCUUGUUACCCUUUUGUCUAACCGCGAUGAGUCCGUGGUAGGGGAGAGCGUGGUGGUGAUCCGCAAGCUGCUGCAGAGCGAGACUGUCGGCCACAAGGACAUCAUCCGGCACAUGGCUCGCCUAGUGGACAAGAUCAAGAUCCCCAUGGCCAGGGCUAGCAUCCUAUGGCUGCUGGGGGAGUACUGCGACAAGGUGCCCAAGAUUGCCCCAGAUGUCCUGCGCAAGAUGGCCAAGACCUUCACUGCAGAGGACGACAUAGUGAAGCUGCAGAUCUUGACGCUGGCCACCAAGCUGUACCUCACCAACCCCAAGCAGACACGCCUCCUCUGCCAGUAUGUUUACAACCUGGCCAAGUACGACACCAACUAUGACAUCAGGGACCGUGCCCGCCUCACCCGCGCCCUCGUCUUCCCUCCGCAAGGCCAUGAGGAUAACAAACUCGCCAAGCACGCCAAGAAGAUCUUCCUUGCUACCAAGCCACCACCCGUCCAGCAGUCCAGCUUCAAGGACCGGGACCAGUUCCAGCUGAGCACUCUGUCCCACCUGAUCAAUGCACGAGCCACAGGUUACCAGGACCUACCAGACUUCCCCAUUGAGGCAGCAGAUCCCAAUGUGCGGUGUGUGGAAGUACCAGCCAUCUUUGCCCCAGAGAACCACCACCGGCCUGCCUACCAGUCCCGCAGCAAACCUAAGAAACCUGAGUCUUUUUACUCAGAUGAGAGCUCACCUGGUGACGAGAGUGACGAGGAAAGUGAGAGUGACAGUGAGAGUGACAGCUCAGACAGCAGUAGCAGUGGCAGCAGUGAUGAGGAUGAUGAAGAUGAGUCUGACAGUGAUGAUGAGGAAGAUGAUGAUGAUGAGGAUGAAGAAGAGGAGGAACAACAACAAGCUAAAGGCAGGAAGAAGGGAGGAAGCACAAGUGUUAAAAAACAUACAGGGAAGCGCGAAGCAACUCGGGCAUCUGGAACUGAGGACUCAGACACAAGUUCAACAUCAUCAUCUGACUCAUCAAGUGAGGAUGACUCAGAGAGCUCAUCCAACACCUCGGAGGAAGAGACAACCAAGAAGAAAUCCAAGGCCGAGGCACCUAAGGGAGGCAACAGGCAAGUGGGUGGCAGCAAACGCAGCAACCUGGACCUCUUGCUGGACCUGGAGGACUCUCCGCCUGCCAUGGACACACCCCUUCUCACACCCUCACUAGGGGGACUCCUCACACCUUCCCCAUCCUCCCAGCCUCCAUCCCUCCCUCCCGGUGCCUCCAUCCAGCCUGCCUCAGCCAAGUUCAUCCCAGUAGCGAAACAGGAACUCCUCAACCGUAUCAGUAGUGGUGGCCUGGCAGUGGCAUGCCGCUUCACCCGAUCACCACACCUCUACUCCCCUCGCAUGACAUCUGUGGAGCUUUCCUUCACCAACAGUGGUGCUGAAGAGAUCAAGGACAUCAGUGUGGGUGCCAAGAAACUCGCUCCAGGCAUGGCACUGCAUGAAUUUGCUGGCAUCACUGUUUUGGCACCUGGUGCUACACUUUGUGGUACUCUUGGCAUCGACUUUAAUGACACCACCCAACCAGCUGCAUUUGACCUGGUGGCAGGCGGACGUACCUUCAACCUCAGCAUCACUGCGCCUGUUGGGGAGCUGCUCAUGCCACUGGCCAUGAGUGAGACAGACUUCAAUCUCAAUCAGAUCAAGCUGAGGGGAAUGAAUGAGCUGAGUGGACCAGUGAGUGUGUCAACCAACCAGCCUGCCACCACUACCAUCGUGGACAAGAUCUAUGAGAUAGCAAACCUUCUCCAAGUGCAGAGCUCCAGCAGCACCUCUCUCAAGUUUGGGGGACAGACGGCCUCAGGCAAGGCACUGGUACUGGUGUCAGUAUUGCUGUCAGAGAGCGGCCAGGAGUCCUCAGUGACCGUCAACUGUGAGAAGCUGGUAAUAUCAUCCAUGUUGUUGAAAGAAAUACAGUCAGCUGUGAAGAAGAUAUGAUAUGAUAGAUCAACAAACUGAGUCAUAUUCACCAUUGCCCAGGGAGUUAUAUUAAAAGGUAAUUUAAGUAUCUCCAUAAUGUCUAAAGAACUUUAGUGAUUGUUAUGAAAAGUUUAUGUAAAGUUUAAAAUCAUGUUAAUAUUCUUAGAUGGUUCAUAUCCAUACAUAUUGUCAUAUUUCUGUAGCAUAUCAUAAUCCUGAUCUGAAUCAUUCCCAAUAUUCUUAGCUUGUUGGAGUUGCUUAGCAUACUGACUUCUGUCGUCAUUCCUCCACUAGAAUCAGGCUUGUCUUGGCAAAGCACACACAGAGCACACACUUUGCUUCACUGAUGAGUGGCAUGGGUUGUAAUGUAAUUUACCACGUGAUCAAAUAUUUAGUAGAUUAUUGUGCUUAUACAAAGAUAGAACCUUGAUUACCACAUAAAUCAAAUGAGUUUGUGUCUUAAUACACAGCCUUAGCAGCCACCGCGGCAAAACACUUGAUUCCUAUUUUAGGUACUUCACCACUAGCCUGAGUGAAAUACUUUGGUGCUUUCCUCAUGCCUCAGUGCCACAACUGUGUGCAGCAAAUUGUGCUCUGCAAACAUUGCCACUCAGGUAUUGAUUAGAUCUGUCUUUAAUAAGUAUGAAGCUUAUUUUGUGCAAUAAGCAAAAUGCAGUAUUGUGUUCACAUAAUUUAGGAAUUCAUUCCUUAUAAUUUAGGAUGCAGUUGGUUCUCUGAUUAAAUGUGCAUCAUUACAGCAUUGGUCAAAAUAUGUCUGAAUGAAGGAGGGAAGCAAAGAAAGCAUUGCUCAUUAGAUAUCAGUAUAUUUUUAUAUGCAGUCAUUGUUGCACAACAACUUAUUGCAUGGAAGCAAGAGAUCACUUAUUCAUGUGCUGACAUAUCCUGCUGACACUCAUGGGUCACAUUUCAAAGAACCAAAUCUGAUAUCUAUCUUGCCUUAAUCAGACAGGAGUGCAUGUGAAGGUGCCUUUAUGUCCGUCCCAUCUCAUGGUCGGGCUGAGUGUGGAUAGUCAUGGUGAGUGACAUUUGGUGUGAAAAUGGCUGGCUUUGGUUCUGGCUCAUUGAGAUGUCUCAGGCUGUCACCCCAACCAGUUACCAAGAAACAGUUGCUGCUGACAUCAUCACAGCACAAAUCCCUGUAUUAUGAAUUUGCCAUAGUCACAGUCAUCCCUGCAUAUUUCCAAGCAGUCUUCAUCUGACUAUUGUCUUGUACAACCCUAUCACAGUGGCCCUACUAGAUUAAUUUAUUAACAUCUCUCACAUUUAGUUGCAUGUUAGAUCACCAGAGGAAAAUUUCAUUCACCUUAAACUUUAUCUACCAAAUAUAAAAAUGAUAAACUCAUUAAGUACUGUGAGAAUUGUGUAUUAAAGGCAGCAAACAUGAUUUUCCCUUCUUUGAUGUGGACUGAGGACAUCAUGAACUUGAUGGGAUUCAUAUUGUACUAAUGAAUCAAACCUUUUUGAGGAAAGUUGUUGUGGUAACUCAAUGGGAAAGCACUAACAUUGUAGUAACAUUGAAAAUUUUACAUUGUAUCACUGUUCAAUUUACUGCAUACCUUAGGUAUUUCUGUAAUAUGUACAUACUUCUUUAUUGCUGUGCUUCCUGUGAUGCUUAAAAUACAUCAUGCUUAUGAA